AAGUCGGCAUGGCUGCCGCCUUUGCCAUCCUCACUCAGCACGUCGCAUCAGAGAUAGCUCUGGUGGACGUGGCCGAGGACCGGUUGAAGGGCGAGAUGAUGGACUUGCAGCACGGACUGUCCUUUCUGCGCAACGUGCGAGUGAACGCGUCCACGGACUACGCCAUCACGGCCGGGUCCCGGAUCUGCGUCAUCACCGCCGGUGCUCGGCAACUGGAGGGCGAGUCCCGACUCAAUCUCGUCCAGCGCAACGUGGACAUUCUCAAGCAUAUCGUGCCCAAGCUUGUGCACCAUUCCCCCGAUACGAUCCUUCUCGUGGUGUCCAAUCCCGGCAAGUUUCUCACAGUCGAUAUCCUCACGUUUGUUGCGUGGAAAUUGAGCGGACUCCCGAAAAACCGAGUUAUUGGGUCAGGAACGAACUUGGAUUCCUCCAGAUUCAGGUUCCUCAUGAGCGAAAGGAUGCACAUUGCCCCGUCCUCUUGCCACGGGUGGAUUAUUGGCGAACACGGGGAUACCAGUGUUCCGGUAUGGUCGGGCGUGAAUAUUGCGGGGGUAAAAUUAUCCGACUUGAACCCGAAGAUCGGAUGCGCUGACGAUCCGGAAAAUUUUGCAGCGUUGCACAAGGAAGUUGUUGAAAGUGCGUACAACAUCAUCAAGUACAAGGGCUAUACUUCUUGGGCCAUUGGAACCAGCGUUUCGGUCUUGUGCAACGCGAUCUUGAGCAACCAGCACAGUUGCUACGCCGUUUCUACUCUCAUAAAUGGGCACCAUGGAAUCGACAAAGACGUAUUCUUGUCACUCCCGUGUGUUCUUGGCGAAAACGGAGUGAACUUCAUCGUGCGGCAGAAUCUCUCAGAUUCUGAGAAAAAUCAACUGAAAAAGUCUGCGGAUACGAUGGACAAGGUGCAAGAGGGAAUUAAGUGGUAGAUGCUUUUGUUCGCGCUUGAAACGCUGACAAAUUGAAAAUCAAUCGCGGAAGACGAAAGUCUCGGCGUUUUUGUUUCCCUCCAUGUGCUAUCAUAAACCUUACAUGUGCUUUCCGAAAACAGGUUGUUAGGGAUUGAGUCUUUGUGCGGCUUUCAAUCGUGGAAUACGCAAUCGUUACCCGUGAAUCAAAUUGAAUGAUGAUGAUUGUUCUUUCCGAACGGGGAAUUAUGGGAGUAGAUAAUAAAACUGAAACAUACAGUCUAUUGAACCGAAA